UGAGAGUCUAUUGAGAAUUUCGUUCAUUUUCAAAUUAUACAAAAUUAUUGGUAUAUCAGUAUUCACAUUCAGAUAUUAUAACCUAGAAAUGCCAAUUCAGAAAAUCAAAGCGAGACAGAUUUUCGAUUCUCGUGGUGAUCCCACACUGGAGGUCGACCUGAUAACGGAUAUCGGUCUCCUGAGAUCAUCAGUUCCUUGCACGUUAACGCCAAAUCCAAACGAAGCCGUCGAGCUAAGAGAUGGCAACGAAGCAGCGUAUAACGGACGUUCAGUCUUUAAAGCCGUGGACAUGGUGAACAAUAUAAUCGGACCGGAAAUCAUUAAAACGAAAUUUGAUGUCUGCCAGCAGCAAGAAAUCGACAACCUGAUGAUCAAAUUGGAUGGGACGGAGAACAAGUCCAAGCUGGGAGCAAACGCCAUCUUGGCAGUCUCCACGGCUUGUUGCAAAGCCGGAGCAGCUAAAAGAGGCUUGCCUCUUUACAAAUACAUCGCUGAAUUGGCAGAUAAUGGCGAACUUUAUAUUCCUGUGCCAGCUUUCAAUGUGAUCAGCGGCGGAAAAGCCGCGCCCAAUCCUUUACCCUGUCAGGAAUUUAUGAUCAUGCCCACAGGUGCAGAGAGCUUUGCCGAUGCUAUGAAAAUGGGGACAGAAGUGUAUCGCACGAUUGAGAAAUCAAUCGCUGAACAGCAAGACACCAAAACUCCACUUUCAGUAAAUGACGAAGGAGCUUUUGUUCCAGAGCUGGAAGACGAUAAGGAAGUUCUGAACUUGAUCAAUGAAGCGAUUAAAGCAACUGGUUAUGAUGGGAAGAUCAAAAUCGCUUUAGACAUGGCAGCUACGUCGUUCUGCAAGGAUGGUCAGUACGAUAUGGCGUUCAAGACCGAAGACUCUGAUCCUGACGAUUACCUUGAAGCGGAAGCACUGAAGGAUCAGUACGUCGAAUAUCUCACAGAAUUUCCAAUAAUCGUGUCGAUCGAAGAUCCAUUCGAUCAGGAAGAUUGGGACGGCUGGCCCAUGUUGAGUAAUCAACCGAUCCAGAUCGUUGCUGACGAUCUGACGGCCAUGAAUAUCGAGCGUGUUCAAGAAGCCAUAGAAAGAAGAUCAGCCAACUGUCUUCUGAUAAGACUUUCACAAGCUGGUACAAUAACCGAAGCCAUUAACUGUCAUAAAAUAGCGAAAAUAAGCGGAUGGAGCAGCAUGGUUACUGCUGGUUAUGGAGAAACGGAAGACACCUUCGUAGCCGAUCUUGCUGUUGGCCUUUCAGUUAAGCAAUUCAAGGCUGGUGCACCGUGUAGAAGCGAGAGGAACGCCAAGUACAAUCAAAUACUCCGAAUCGAGGAAGAGAUGGGUAAAGAUGCUAAAUAUGCUGGAAAUAAUUUCCGAAAUCCUUUAUCCAAAUAAACAAGCCGAUAACACUUACCAUCG